GUUAUAGGACUCCAGUGAGAGGGCUGUAUUUGUGCGGCAGUGGAACACAUCCUGGUGGUGGUGUGAUGGGGGCGCCUGGUCGUAACUCUGCGCAAGUCGUCAUUCAAGAUCUUAAAAAAUAUUACGUAUGAGAGUUGGAUUUAAUGGAUGUUAUUCUCCACAAUAUUUUCCUUAUUAGUUUCCUUAAGUGGUUGAUUUUUGAAAUUAAUUUAGGAAGAUAGCCCUUUUUUUUUGUUUUUUUGGGGUUUGUGUUCUUUCUUUCCGGGUUGAAGGAGAAAUAUACAAGAACCAAUAAAAAGUUCAAUGUGAGAGAACACCGUUUUACUUCUGGGUGGUGUUUCUGAGAAAACAUAUUGGAACAAGGACAUGAAGAUCAUGGUACCAGGAGUGUUCAAUUGCCUCAUCGACUAAUUUAUUUAUAUGCCCUCUCCAUAACACCGGGUGAAGCUCCCUCCCGGCACUACGGCGGUGAGAUCUCCCAGCUCAAUGGGUGCUUGGAUUGGGGGGUCCAACCUUCGUCACGGAGUUUCAUGCUGAUCAUCAGUGUGCAGAGUGGCAUCCGCCAGUGUUACACAGCUCCCACCGAAUUUGCCUGUUCUUGCGUGUAAAGCACAACCCCAAUCCAUGAUGCUGCUCUUUUGUCAUAUUGGAUGAAAUUAAAUUAAAUACUCAUCGAAUGUAUUUCACCCUUCUUUUUAUGGUAAACAAAUGAAAUUGGACAAGGGACACUGGUCACGAUACUUCACGCUCUCAACUGAAACCCAAAAAGGAAUAAUAGAAUAAACUAUUAUUGCCACUGCAGUCCACAACUCAAGGCACUGAAAACAGUGGUGACCGGAGACUGAGAAAGGGAGAAAAAUGUGGCGAAGGGGUUUUAGCAGCAGCGCCGGCUGCAGUAACGCAUUGAAGGAGAAGAAAUGGGACGCGCUGGUAAUCGGUGCCGGCCACAACGGCCUAACCGCCGGCGCAUACCUGGCUCGCGCUGGUCUCUCUGUUGCUGUUCUCGAACGUCGCCACAUCAUAGGCGGCGCGGCCGUCACAGAAGAAAUUAUCCCUGGCUUUAAGUUCUCCCGAUGCAGCUACCUCCAGAGCCUCCUCCGCCCCUCCGUCAUCAAGGAAUUAGAGUUAGCAAGACAUGGAUUAAAGUUGUUGAAGAGGAAUCCUUCAUCCUUCACGCCUUGUGUUGAUGGGCGGUAUCUUCUCUUAGGCCCUGAUAAGGACCUUAAUUAUUCUGAGAUUUCAAAGUUCUCCAAACGAGAUGCUGAUGCCUAUUUAAGAUAUGAGAAUCAGCUAGAGAACUUCUGUAAACUCAUGGAUCCGCUUUUGGAUUCACCUCCUCCUGAAACCAUGCAAGGGCUUUCAUCAUUUAAUGACCGCAUCAAGAAUAAUGUACGCAAAUCAGUUUUUUGGGCUCAUUGUCUGCGUUCGGCACUCUCAUUGGGACAAAAAGAUUUGGUGGACUUCAUGGACCUUUUAUUGGCCCCUGCAUCAAAAGUUUUGAAUAACUGGUUUGAGACUGAUGUCCUGAAGGCAACACUUGCAACAGAUGCUGUGAUUGGAAGUACAGGAAGUGUCCACACACCUGGGAGUGGAUAUGUUCUGCUACAUCAUGUGAUGGGAGAAACCGAUGGUGAUCGUGGUAUUUGGUCGUAUGUUGAAGGUGGUAUGGGCUCAGUAUCCUUGGCUAUUAGCAAGGCUGCUAAGGAAGCUGGGGCUCAUGUUGUAACAAGUGCAGAGGUUUCACAGUUGAUGAUUGAGGACUCGGGCAGAGUAAAUGGGGUAUUGCUGGCUGAUGGGACACGGGUGCAUUCUUCAGUUGUUUUGUCAAAUGCAACCCCUUAUAAGACUUUCAUGGAAUUUGUACCUGAAAAUGUCCUUCCUGAUGAUUUUCUCCGUGCUAUUAAGUACUCUGACUACAGCUCUGGAACUACCAAAAUGAACUUAGCUGUUGAUACAUUGCCUCAAUUUCAGUGUUGCAAAUUGAGCCACCCUGAUGCAGGUCCUCAACAUGUGGGUACCAUUCACAUUGGUUCUGAGAGUAUGGAGGAGAUUGACUCAGCUAGUCAAGAUGCUACGAAUGGCAUACCAUCACAGAGACCAAUUAUCGAGAUGACAAUUCCUUCUGUAUUGGACAAGACUAUUUCUCCACCUGGUCAGCAUGUGAUCAACUUAUUUAUUCAAUACACACCCUAUAAACCUUUGGAUGGCAGCUGGGAAGAUCCUGCAUAUAGAGAAUUAUUUGCACAAAGAUGUUUCAACUUGAUCGAUGAAUAUGCCCCUGGUUUCAGCUCAACAAUACUUGGCUAUGACAUGCUGACUCCACCAGACCUUGAAAGGGAAAUUGGUCUCACAGGAGGGAAUAUCUUUCAUGGUGCCAUGGGGUUGGAUUCUCUCUUCCUCAUGCGACCUGUAAAAGGAUGGUCAAACUACAGAACUCCACUGCAGGGGCUUUAUUUGUGCGGGAGUGGGGCUCAUCCUGGGGGUGGUGUGAUGGGUGCCCCUGGUCGUAAUGCCGCGUCUGUGGUACUUGAAGAUGUUAAGAAAUCAUUCAACUGAUAAUGCUCAUUACCUAAAGAUAUCAUUGAUAUAAUAAAAUUGGGAUCACCUUCUCAGGCC